AUGUCAAAACAAAAUAAUUUGCCAAUUGAUGAUUAUUGGAAUGCAAUGUUCGGUGAGUUAAAUGAAUUAGAUUCAGAGCGAGUAUUGGUACUUGAAAAUAUGAUUCGACAAAAUGAAAGUGUUGCUCGAAAUUACAAUCGUCGAAUAAAGGAGAAACACUUCAGUAUAGGUGAGUUGGUUUUGAAAGUUAUUUUGCCAAUGGAAAAAAAAUCGAGAGUUCUUGACAAAUGGUCCCAUACUUGGGAAGGCCCUUUCCAAGUGACAGGAUUAUAUUCUGAAAAUGCAUAUCGAAUUAAGGAUAUCAAAUCAGAAAAUAUAAUCGAUUCGAUUAAUGAAAAGUAUUUAAAGUAA